AUGCAGAGAUCAUCGAGCAGUUCUGUAGUGACUGAAGAGUUGUUCAAGAAUGGAAACACAGACAAAGACCAACAAGAACUGCCUACUUAUGAUCCACUUUCUCACGUUGGAAAGAAGGAAAGGUCUCGUCUCAGAUCUGCUGAGAAUGCAAUCCAUGUGAUCCCUCUCGUUCUUGUUCUCUGUGCCAUCGUUCUCUGGUUCUUCUCCAACUCCCCAGGUUUUGCUGUAGAAAUAGAGCUCAAGUAUUUCAACCCAAUCUGA